CGCAUCAUGGCGGUGAACUCGCUGGGGCUCAGGGGAGAAGGCGACGGGGUAGGUUUGGUUUGGGCUUCGAUCGGGGUCGGGGGAUGCCGGAGCUGCCGGAGGUGGAGGCGGCGAGGAGGGCGCUGGAGGCGCACUGCGUGGGGAGGAGGAUCGCGAGGUGCGCGGUGGCGGAUGACGCCAAGGUGGUCGUGGGCGUCACGCGGGUGGCGUUCGAGCGCGCCAUGGUCGGGAGGACCAUCGUCGCCGCGCGCCGGAGGGGGAAGAACCUCUGGCUCCGCCUCGACGCCCCGCCGUUCCCCUCCUUCCAGUUCGGGAUGGCAGGGGCGAUCUACAUAAAGGGAGUUCCUGUGACUCAGUACAAGAGAUCAGUUGUCAGUUCCACAGAUGAGUGGCCCUCCAAGUACUCCAAAUUUUUUGUUGAACUUGACGAUGGCUUAGAGUUUUCCUUCACCGAUAAGAGGCGAUUUGCAAGAGUUCGGUUAUUUGAAGAUCCAGAAAUUGUACCCCCGAUUUCCGAGUUAGGAUCAGAUGCUCUCUUUGAGCCAAUGUGUGUCGACACUUUUGCGGACUCACUGAGCGGAAAGAAGAUUGGAAUAAAAGCUCUUUUACUUGAUCAGAGCUUCAUAUCAGGAAUCGGCAAUUGGAUUGCAGAUGAGGUGCUUUACCAGUCGAGAACCCAUCCAUUACAGAUAGCUUCAAGUCUAUCAAGGGAGAGUUGUGAAGCACUACAUCGAAGCAUCCAAGAGGUUGUGAAAUAUGCUGUCGAAGUUGAUGCUGAUUGUGACCGCUUUCCUGAGGAAUGGUUAUUCCAUCACCGAUGGGGCAAGAAGCCUGGUAAAGUUAAUGGAAAGAAAAUUGAGUUCAUAACUGCUGGUGGCAGGACUACAGCUUACGUGCCACAACUGCAGAAACUGACUGGAAUGCAAUCUGCUAGUAACAAAUUAGUAGUUUCUAACCCAAAACAAGUGGCAGAAAACGAUGAUGCCAAGGGAAUAGAGACAGAUUCAGAAGACGCUGAUAAUACAAGGAAGCGAGUAGCAACUUCCAAGGCUGCGAGGGGAAAGCAAAACAGCGAUGCUAUAGGUGCCGGUUCCAGGAAAAGGAAAAAUGGGGGUGGCAAGGAGAAACCAAGCAGUGACGAUGGUGAAGAUGAUACGGAGACUGCGGAACUAGACAUUGUUAGCAUCAAUAGCAAGGGUGAGAUCGCAGAUCCUGUGACAAGAAGAUCAUCAAGGAACACAUCGAAACCGCGUCAAGUAUUUAAAUCAAAAGGGAGAUAGCAAGAAAUUAGGUGAUAUUUGCUAACAUCAUUUUGGUGUGUAUAUAUAUUGCCUUUCUUUUACAUGCUCCUCAAUGGUUAUAUACUCGUAUUGUGAAAUCAUUGAUACCUUGGUUAGUGAGUUCCUCUGUUUUAUACCUUUAUGUGCUAAAUAUAUCUGAUGAAUGAAAACAUGUACUUUUGAAGAUGUAAUUCUUCUAUUAGACUAUUAUUAGUCUCUUGAU